AGAGCAGUGAGAAGCAGAGGCAGAGAAGAAGACAUCAAAAUAAGACGGAGGAUUUACGCGCUACAGCUGCCUUUCCCUAUCUGGGCUCCUUCGUGGCAUCGCAGGAUCGAGGAGCGCGGCGCAGCCAGGAUGAAGCCGGCGCUCCUGUGUUUGUGCGUCCUGCAUGUGGCCUGCGUCAGCGCCGGACUCUUCAGGCGCAACGACCUUCAGGCUGCCCACAGAAACCUGUCAGCCAUCAGGGCGCAGGCCCCUCAGAGCACAGUGUCUUUGAACCAAGGCAGACAGAGGCCACUGUUCGCAAGGAGAGGACAGUAUGAACGACAGAGUGCACCGAAAUCCAGAGUGGUUCCUGUUCCUCCAAAUGAUCCUCCUCCUAAAGUGACGGCCAACUCUGUGAAGCCUGCGUGCUCUCAGCUCACACAAAGCUGUUUACCCCAGUCUGGUUGCUGUGACCUACACGCCACGUGCCACUGCCGCUUCUUCAAUGCAAUCUGCUUCUGCCGGAGAACAAGCUCGCAACAUGAGAAGAAAACAUAAAAUAUAACUAUAGGAGGCAAAGAUGGCAGCCCGUGCAGACUGGGAACAUUUGGAGGCUUGUUAAUGAAAUGUGGUUGUUAAAGCUGAAACAAUGAGACACGGUCAGACCAAGAGCUUUUUACCUUUAAGACCAGGUGAAGUGAGACAGAGGCAGCGUUUGAACCCUCCACCUUUGGAUUAGGAAGCAAACUCUUUAUCACUGAGUCACUGGUAAAGUCAGUGCUGAGUGCAUGUAUGCAUGAACAAAAAAUAUCAAAGUGUGUAAUUGCUCAAAGCUGUUGUCACACAGCAUGUAUUAUGAUUUUACAGUUUAGAUAUUUGUAGCACAAUUUGAUGUACAUAUUUUAAAAUGGAGCUGAAUACAGUAUUUCUAAAACGAAUAAAGUAUAUUACUGCCUGCAUUCAUUCAUGUGUUCAUGUCUGGUCUUAAAUAUUUAACAAAUUAAAAUUAUAUGCAUGCUCAUUUCAAUUUGUU